AUGUUAAAAGUUAGUACCGAAGAGCUAAAUUUUGGUGGGGUAGCUAUCAACAACAUACCCUCAUAUAAACAGCUGAGGAUCACCAAUGUGAACGAAUCACCCGUAUCAGUGCAUUUGUCAGCCAGUACUGAAAUGAUCAAGUUUCAGUUUAGUAAUGAGAACUACAAUUCAAAAGAAACCGAUUCAGAUUCUUUUUGUUACAAUGAAUCAUUUGACGUUAUAGAUCUGGUAGACAAAUUUAAUCUUGAAGGACUUGAGGAAAGAGAUAUCAUUGUUACGUUUAAGCUCAUACAAAGUGCCUUUCCACAUAUCUCGGCACGUUCACUACUUUCAUUAUACAAUGGGACAAUCUAUUUAAAUGUGGCAUCUGAAGAAAUUUUGGACGAAACUGUUACUUCUCUAAAUUCUAAAGAAAUAAAUUUUACUUCAACAGCUCCUGGGAAACGAUCACUUACAACAGAAACCGAAUUGUUGGAAUCAGUUACCAUACCUUUUUCAGCUAACGUUUACCUUUCUUGGUUGGAAAUAUCGCAGUCAGAAUUUCAUUUAACGAUGGCACCUAAUAAAAUGGUACAUAUGACCUUUUCGGUCACUAAUGUAUCAAUGUGUCCACUCUCCUUCAUAAUCAGGAAUCAAAGCAUGAGAAUCAAAGGAAUUGAUUUGGAGAUCUACAAGACAGGGCAACUGGAGGAACCAAAACUUAAUCACCGUCUUUUACUUCAUGCUAACUCAUCCAUGGAACUAUCACUAGUCGUAAGAACAGGUUCAAGUUGUGUUCCUGAUCAAUGUCACAGAGCGACUUUACAAUGUGACAACAUGUCUAAUCUUUAUAAUACAGCAUUUGUUUACGUAAAUAUCAAUGUUUCAGUUGAGUCUCAAGGGGAUAUUCUUAGCCUAUCACGCACGUCUCUCAAUUUUGGUGAUAUUUACCGCGGCAUUAAUACAUCUGCCGAAAUUGGCUUUCUUAAUAUUGAUGGACGGGCUGCUAUUGCUGUAUCGUUGGCACCGAUAGAUCAAAAAAAAUGUCGCGGAUAUGUGACUUUGCUUAAAAACAACACUCCGAUAGAUGAAGUUAUUGUACCAGUUCAAAAGGGUAUGGUUUACCUGAAUGUGCAAUACAUUCCAGAUUUUGACGAGGAACACGAGGAGGCAACACCUGUUAAAUUCGAAAUACUGUUUUUGACACGUUCAACAAUGACAUAUCAAAGCCAAAAGGUCAUCGUACGUUGUAGUGCUGUUUUAUUUACAAGCACUAUAGAAGUUACACCUACAAAUAUCGAUCUUGGUGAUUGCGUUGUGGGGCAAAGCAAACGGUACGUUUUCUAUGUUAUUAAUAAAACACCAUUACCUGGAAGUAUUGACAUCCAAAUAAGAAGCAAAGUUAUUUUCAUCGAAGGAAUAUCUCAGCGUAACUUUUCAAAAAAAAAGGUGUGCGAAAAAUUUCAGAUUGGCCCUCAAAGCAGACUCCCGAUCACCCUACGAAUCACUCCACGGCGUGUCAAUCCAACGUAUCGCAAGGAGCUAACAAUAGUGAAUCUCUUUAAUACUACUGCUGAAAAACAAAUUCUUAAUAUAGAAGCGAACAAUAUGCCCCCUUUGGAAGCGAAGCUACAUAAUGAGCUAUACUCAUGGGAAUGCCACCCAUUAAAAUAUGAUCUUGUCAACCAAGAAAACUCCGAUUUAUCUGCAAUCACAGAUGUUCCCUCUUUAGUGCCCUACCUCGCUACAUCGAAAGUGAACUACUCUUUGAAACUGAUUAUAUCAAGUACGAGCCCAGAAAUUGAGAUUUUUUACUUGACGGAUCCGUCAAGUACAGCUCUUUUAAUAAACUUGGCAUCUGAGCUACAAACAUUUUAUGUUUUUAGUGAGUCUGAUUAUGUAAAACGGCCAAGUCAAUCCCCACCUAAGCGUGUUGCUGACGUAAUGGGUCAACUGCUUUCCAUUUUAUCGAGUUCAAUGGCAACAAAGGAAAUAACACUUGACUCUAAUAAAAGUGUUACAGUUUUUGCUCUUAUCAAUCGGACUGCAUUUUGUCGUGAGCCGAUGUCAAAAGAGGAUGGUCUUAUGAUAACUGUAAAUGGAAUAGAAACACCACGUUUUGUGAGACUGUCUUACAGACUAUGCAGCACCUCGUUUGAAGUCAGCGGACAGAAAACAAAAAACUUUGGUGAGGUUAGCAUUGGUACUAAAAGGUCAACAAUGAUUACUAUAGUAAAUCGCUGUAAAUCUGUUCUGUAUAUCAAGGCAACUAAAUCUCACUCCGUUACUGCAGGACAUAUUAGAAUUGAAAAAAGUGAAAAAGAAUCACUUUUUAUUUCAGUGAGGCCUUUUGCAAUACGAAAAAUCGAGGUGAGCUUUAACCCUGGCAUAAAAGGUGUUUUCGAUGAGAAAAUCGGUCUCGAAAACAUUUUUGAUCCGAAAAAUUUUGUAAAUGUUGAACUAAAAGCAACAGUUAUCAAAGCUGACACAUUCGAUGUGAGUCCUGACUCAUGGAACUUUGGAAAUAUUCUACUUCCAACCAUUGGAAACGUAGCUGGAUCCGUACGCGUGGCGAUGCGGCUCACAGUUUAUAACACUAGCAAAGCGUCAAGGCAAAUAAAAGUUCGUUUGGGUACCGAUAGCAGUGUUGGUUUUGACGAUUUUCUUAAAAAUGAUUCCCUGCAUAGUUACCUGGGUUUUAAAGGUGCAAGUGUGAAAGUUAAACUAGAUACAGAACUGGGUACGCAACACUCAGCCUCCACAAGAAAGAUUGAAGAAAAAAUUGAAAAGAUGGAGCAAAAGCUCAAAAUAUAUAAGCGGAAAAAAAAAGAAGAAAAAUACCGAGUCACCUUGAAGACAAUAGAAUCAUUGAAAAGGGUGCUAUUAGGAUGCGAAGUUGAUCAAAAUUCAUUGACCAUAGACUCAACUGGGCAUGAUAAUGAAUUUUCUGAAAGUGAUGAUGAGGCUUAUCAUCCGAAAAGUAAGCCUCAUCCAACUGCUGAGUUGCUCACAGAACUGCUUGGAGAGGGUGUAGCACUUCCAAUAAUGAAUGCGGGGGAAUCUGUGAAUAUCACAUUCAGUUUAUCCUUUUCAAGGCUUCAAGAUGAGUUGCUAUCGCCUUCGCAGACAACAACGCUACACUUGCUUCUGUUUGAGGCCAGAGAUAAGGAAGUAAACCGCAUUGUGCCAAUUGAUAUUACUCUUAUACGUCCUGAAGAGAAAGAAUGCCUUCACAUAGCUUCAUCUGAAUCUGUCUUGCCAAUAAGUACAUCAACCUUGCCCGCUCUUGAAUUACCCAAGAUUUUUUUGGAAGUGUGUAAAACCGUUUGCACAUUAUCUACAUUUAUGGGUCAUCCACUUGUUGUUCUUCAUAAUUGUAUUGUAAAUGACAAUACUGAAUUCUCCCUUCUUUUAAAUUCUACAAAAUCUACGACCAUUGUUAUUCUGGAACCACGAGCAUGCAGCAGUUCUGUGACACAAACUCUGGAGGCUCGAUUUAAAUUCUUCCCCAGAAAUGGAACCGUCAAUGCAGACGAUACCCUUCGUAUCAUGGUGGAAUGUACCGCUAGGAGUGUAGGUCCGCAAAAAUAUAUCAUUCCAAUUAAAAAUUUACAAAACUCUGCGGACAUAGUCUAUGUUGUGGUCGAAAUAAAUCCAACCGAAGAGCAAGAACGUAUCAUAACAGAACCGAGGAGUCUAACGUUUCGUGACAUCAUCACGCCAUGCAGAUUCAACCAACUGGAAUCUCAACUUUUACUCAUCAAAAGUCGCUUCUCAUAUACACAUGCUCUCCUCAUACGUUCUAACAAGCCUUCACAAGUAUUGUUUUUUGAGAAUUCUGAGUGCACUGUGCCUUUGGAAACUCCUAUUGAACGAACGUUUUUGAAAGAAACGGUUCGAGUGUACGUAAAAUUUGUGCCCAGUUUCAGAUCUACCCAAAGUACCUCUAGAGUCGUCAGUGCAGGUAUUAUUGUAGAGGUUAUUACCUUGAAUCGUGAAGGUAAUUAUUGUACCGUAGGUCGAGCGGUGGUACGCCUGAGUGUGCGUGUAGGUGGAGGCAUUAUUUGUGUUCCAAAAUCACACAUAGCGAUGGGCAUCAUCGAAGACACAAAGCAGCCCCCGAGGGCAAUGAUGAAAGUCUCUAAUAGUUCGAAUACAUUCAUCAUUCGAGCAAACUUAUCCACCUUGUCGCAGAAUGUAGUGAUUGAUGGCGAUAAUAAUCACGAAAUUGCGUUAAUGCCGAAAGAAGAAAGGGAAAUACCAGUUAUGCUUCAAUCGACGUCACCGGGGUGGAUACAGGAAGAAAUCAUCAUUCAAAAUCUCAGCUGCAUUCAGGAGCCAAUUCAUAUUUCUGUUUCUGGACUUCGUCAGGACCCAUUCAUAUUUCCUAUCUACCCUUCUUUAGAUAGAGUCUAUUAUUUCCCGAUCACAGUUGUUGAACCAGGGCCAAAUGGAAGCUAUCAUUUGCACGAAAAGGUUUCAAUUAAUAUGUGUAUGCAGAAUCGGUAUACUAGAGAUUUUAUAUUGGCUCUCAAAAAUACUGAGCUUCCACUUUUUUUUUCAAAUGAUAUGCAAGAUGGAGAAGAAGCUGUCUCAUCUGAGCAGUACCAAAACGGCUGCGCACGCUUGAAAUCACAACGAACACACAGCAUUACUUGGACUUUAACUAAUGUUCCACAACUGACUCAAGAGCAAACAAGAAGCCUUAUGGAACACCGCAUGGUAACUAUAAAUGCUACUGCUCAAGUUCAGGUAGCUCAACUACUUCAUGAGAGAAAUAUAUUACGUCGCGCCUUCCCGCCUCGAAGAUAUUUACCAUCUGCAGGACAGUGUUUGAUGCUUCUUACCUUUUCAGUACCCCUGACCGUAAGCGAGGGGUGCGCCGAACCUUUGAAAACGGACUUGGGGAUAAUAAGUUUAGCGAAAAAGUAUGCUGAAGAUGGUGAAUAUUAUUCUAGAUGUCGUCGACAUAGAAACCGUCGCUUUAAGGCUAACACCACUAAUGGCAGUAAUGAUGGUGAAGAUUCAUCAACAGAAGUUCAGGUUUUACUUCGAAACCUUUCACCUUACUUGCCUUUGAUCCUACGGAUUGAGUGUCCUCCUGUUCUUCAUUUCCCUAAGAAACGGCUAACCAUCCCACCAGAACAAACGCUAGAGGUCAGUGCCAAUCUGAAGCUCGAACAAAUCACUACACAGGGGCCGUUUCAGUAUCAGACAUUUUUUGUCAACGAGUUCAACAACGAGAAUGAUAUUUCUGUAGCGAUAACUGGUGAAUAUUAUUGGAAAAUCUUUCAACUCAAAUAUCGAGGCAAUGACGAUGCACAGGAGACGCUGUCUCUUACCCCGCUCAUUUUACGUCCUUCAUCAACUGCGCCUAUCCUUCUUUCUGAAGAAAAAGUUGCAGUAAGUGUGUUUGUGGAAGAAGAAGUAAAACUGUUCUGGUCGAUGAAGUAUAAUCCUAAAGUCGAUGGGCUUCUAGCUGUCCAAAUUUUUCAUUAUGACGCUACUCCCGCAAGCGACUGUAUCACAUUUCCUGCCCAGACCGCCGCCCCCGCAAAGAAUAUUAGUGGAAGUCUCGAUGCCGCCAUCAACUCUUUGGGAUCAGGUUCUGGGAUGAAUGUAAAUGACAAUACAAAAAAUAAGCAGAUUGGGGCCAACUCCCUCGGCAAUGGGGCAGCGCCAGACGUUGAUCAAACAAACAACAGAGGGACCGUGUAUGGAAAAGCACCUUCUGCUUCAACUGCAACCACAAACCCGGUGAAUAGUGAUCGCCGAAGAGUCCCCUCAUCAUCACCCCGAACACUAUCACUUCGCUUACGCUGCUUCAUGAUAAGCGACGAUUUGGCUACGCUCGCACCUCUGUUUUUCUGGAGUAUGCGCAAAAAGCAACAAGAAGCAACUUUGGGAUUUGACAAGAUACCCGACCUCGAGGCACGACGUACGGAGCCGUCCAACAAUAUAUGGAUUGGAAACCUAACCUUUACAAAUCAAUUCACGGAUGAUGAAGAGUAUCAAGUGUAUGGUCAGAUUGACCCUUUCAGCACCUUUUCUGCCCCUUCUAAGGUGGAACUUCAACCUUUGCAGAUUGUCCUACCCACCUCCCCUGCAUUACUCACAAAUCCAGAGCAGACAACGAAGGUGCAUUGGGGUUAUACAGGUAAACUCAAUGUAACUAACAACUGCAAAGGGUCCACAUUGCAGUUGUGCUUGCAUGUCCUUAUUAGUGAACAUCUUUCUACUCCGAUCACUGUAGAAGUUUUGGGAGAUAGUAAAUCUUCCAUACUUAAUAAAAAAGGAAGCGAAUCAAAUAGUGAAAACUCAAGAGAAGAUAGUGUCAAUGAAACCGUGACACUAUUUUACAAUAAUGCAAAAGGAAGCAAUUCUUCAGUGGAUAGCAAGAGUAGUACUAAUGGAAGUGGGUCCCAUCUUGGCCACCACUUCGUUGUUGUACCUGAUGAAACAGUUGUGCUCGAGAUCGCACUCUACAGCUCACAUUUGUAUUUGAAAAGAGAUGCUAAUACAACACUGAGUCAACUAUCCCUAGAGCAGUUUGUAGCCUUUGUUGUGCUGGAUGAGAAUGUUCCUUGUAGUGUGAGUGUGAGUCGCGUGAGCGUAGCUCCAUAUGAUGAAGAUGAUGUUACUGAUCAAGCAUCAUUAGUUCUUUCUAUAUCACCAGACACAGGAGUCGGAAUGGGUACAGCAGACCUAUUACGCGGAAAAAUGCGCUGUACUUCCACAGGAAUCCUCAGCAAUAGUAGCUUUAUGGAAUCUAAAAAUGUGCUGCUGAAUGCUAAGGGCGCGACUGUCGCGAGGAUCAUAACCAAUUCGCCUUCAGUGGGUAAUAGUGGGUUACCAGAAUCUCAGUCAACACAAAGAAACUCUAUAACAGGGUCCGCUGAUGAACCCAAUCGCAGGGUUCAAGUGAAUUUUUCACAAAAGUCAGCAAUUGGGUCUUCUCCCCUGGGAUCACCAUCAGCACAGGUUCUGUCUCUAAAAAAUUGCACUCCUGUUCCUGGCAUGGUUAGAGGUUACAUGUGCUCCUUUUCUAUUCAAAAAGAAGGGAACCUAAACAGCGAAAUUUUGGUCUGCAAUAACAUAUGCAAUCAUGAAGUAAAAUAUACGGUAUCGAUCGUUUCACAAACCCCAAUUCCGUGGCUUUUGUUACUUGCGAAGAACGGAACACUUGAUGCUGGCGAAAGUCAACUCAUACGGUUCACCAUUUUGUCGUCAAAGGUGGGAAGUUUCACCGCAUACUUGGCGAUCCACAACAACCUAAAUCCACUUGAGGUGUUAUACCUGAAAUUAUCCGCAGACAUCUUUGCCACAACCCUUGGAAAGGACAUCUUCGACGUUUUUGACUCUGAUGGACAACCUGUAACGUCAGGUGACCUUCACAACGUGUCUCUGGGGCACAUCUAUGGCUCAGGGACAAUGCGCGCGAAUAUUGGGAUGAAAAUUUACAACCGGUGUAAUGUGGCGCUGGAGUUCCCCAUCUCUGUAUUGAAUCCACUUCGCUUGGAAUUACGGCCUAUGGCUGAACACACUAACACCAAGGACGUUCUCUUGGACAGGGAGAAACAUUCACAGGAAACGUGGCACGAAUCUCACGAGGAUCCUCAUAGUCUUAACGUGCUCGACCUCGAGUCCCAGCAAGAGCCGAUGAAGGAGGAAGCUCUGGGAUCGAACUCUAUGUUGCCCUUUGAAUCCAUGGUGCAAAAUGUAUCCUCCUGCACCACAACACGUCGGCCUGUUUUCAAAGGCAAGCUUAUCGCGUGUCGAAUUUACGACGUCCCAAUCAUGAACAGCCAGCGGUAUAUCGUAGCCGACUCCAACUCACACGCGCACUUGGCCUUCGUCCUGAGCUGUGCGGAAUUGUACAUACCAGAUGGUUACCGAGUCCAUGGGGAGGGGGAUGUUAUCCUCCAAUGCAAGCAGGUACGCGAUGCACGUUUUUUGUUUCGUGUUACGUUUGAACUCUUCAAGCCGACUUUUCACGUCGAUCGUGUCUUCAAUGUCCCUAUAUCCGAUGAUAUCGCUCGUGUGGUGGUGAAGGUUCAGAACUUGAAAAACAUCACGCAAGGAUUUUGCUUUCGUUCACAAUCUCCCAUACUGUACGUCGUCGCUGGGACCGGUUCGCAAACGAAGGAUGAUGCCGCUGUCAAAGCUCUGCUCACGACCUGCACAAACCUUACAAGAACAGGUGGAAGUAUUGUUAUGGAUUCCGAUAACCGUCUCUCGACAGUGGUGUCUUUUGCUAAGUUAGUCAUCCCAGAAAACUCGAGUGGCUAUUUUAUCGUCUUGUUAGAUCACAAUCGUGCCGCAGCACUGCGGAGCAUCGAUGAGGGUAAAUGUGAGAGGCCAGCGCUCUGUGAGCAUGCGUUUAUUUUAAAUCGGGGUAACCCCAAAGAACGAGUGCGCAUCGAGGUGCGUCAGAUUCCACUAUCCGAUUCCACAGCGGAAACUAGCGAUAAGGCGAGGAUAGCGCUACCUUUUCACUCACCCAACGCGUUUUUACCCUCCUACUCCCCUCUUUAUGCGGUAUUAAAGCCUAUCAAAGUGGGCAGGCAGCACAUUGGUGAGCAUUUUAUCAUGCACUUUGUACAGCGGUUCAAUAAAACCCUCUCCCGCUACGCAGAUCGGUUUCAAGCCAUGUUUGCAUAUUAUAAAGCUCUCAAAGAUGGUGUAGAAACCGCGAGAUACACUGCCAACAAGGAGGGUGAUCCAAUUGAUAUGCUACAAUUAAAUUAUCGCAGUGAAUCCGAUGGAGACGAAAUUGAAACCAAAGUCAGUUCUCAACACAAUGAAAACGAGGAGUUCGAUCGACCGAAUUCUACCGAGAAUACCCACUCAUUGAAGCACAUAUGGCCCCACCAGACAUGCAUAGACGAUAAGAAUAGCAUAAAUCAACUUCCUCCCCCUUACAGGUUGACCUCUACCGAUACCCAUGCGGCUUCUGGCACCCCCCCACCCCCCUCCUUUUCGACACCAGAUGGUACAGGUUAUAAUAACAAUGAGCAAAGUCAGGCCCCCGAUUCUACAGUAAAAAUCACGACUUAUCGCGGGCAUCCGUGCCCUUUGAAUUUAAAUAAGGAAUUGCUUUCAACUGGCGCCAAUACCACAGAAAAUAAAUUGCAUCCCACCGAAGCGGGGCAUACGGUGCUGGAUUCUAGCAUCCCCCACCACGGCCCGAGAGAGUCAAUUCCACUGGCUACCCAUUUACAUCGUGAAAGGGAACAUCACUCAGGGUUAUCCCUUUCAGCAUGGCGCCAGCUGCGCAGCUUAUUGGUGGACUUAACUUGGCUUGUCGACGAACUUGUCUUCUACGCUAUCUUGCUUCGGAACUCGAGACUUAUAGAAGGGUACUGCGUGUUUCUCGCAAACGCUGUAUUUAGUCACCCAGUAAUGAUAGCGUGGUUUGAAUUCAAGCCAAAGGAGCUGCAGCUUUUCUAUAAAGAUGAUUUGAUUGAGAUGUUUUCUCAGUUUGUGGAAACACUGGAUGAUCUGCCAUGUGCAAAACCGUUCGUAAACUGA